GACCUGCAGUUUGGAAGGGUUAGUGAGCAACACACACACAAACUUGCCCACUCAGCACACAUGCACACACACUCACACUCAACCGUGGCAUAGGAGGCCGCCGGACUCACUGGAAAAUGACACUAAUGAAGGGAAGAACAAUCAUCCUACAGCAUGGACUCUGAAUCUCUGGACAACUGUAUUCAGAGCACACUCUCUGCUCUCUACCCUCCAUUUGAAGCCACUGCGGCCACCGUGCUAUGCCAGGUGUUAGACGUGGUUGAGACAACAUACCGUGGGGACGGACUACGCUACAUCAUUGACUUCCUGGUGCCCGCUAAACACAUCCUACAGAGCAUACAACAGGAUGCAUGCUUCCCAUACUGUGGUUUCCUGUUUCGUCAUGAGGGAUGGCCUCUCUGUGUCCAUGAGAAGGUCAUAAUUCAGCUCUCCUCUUUGGACUGGCGUGUGUUACGGCCCAGCGACUUUUACUUACAGGUGACGCCUUCGCCCAAAAGCCCCCCGCGUAUCACAGUAAAGUGUCUGGCAGUUAGCGGGCAUCAUGCGGAGGAGCUGGACGUGCCAAAGCUAGCAUACACCUCUCUAUUCACCAUGGACUGGCUGGACUCCAUAAACCGGGAGAGGAGUGUGGUCAGAAGAGCCGCCCUGGAACACUGUCUUUUAUCAGCGGAUAAUGAUAUUUAUAGGGUACCCUGGGAGGAUAUUGUUCACCCGGAGUUUAUCAGCAGACCCCCCAAAGUUAAAGAACAGGCUGAAAAUAUAGGGAUGUGCAAGGAAGUUGCCAACAGAGAGGAAAGGGACUCAGACAUAGAUCAAGAAGACAACCCUGAGGACAUACGAUGUAGGAUUUUUAUUGACACUUCCACUGAGCAAUCCGAGGAGAUGGACUGUCAGAGCAAGGGGGUUAAGCUCCUCCCUGCUCUCAGUGAGAUCGGUAAAGAGAGCAGUGGACGGAGCUCUAGCAGCACGGCAGAGGAUUCAGAGGGAGAGUAUGUGGAGCUUGCUGAUAUCUCCUUACCACGCUUUUCCCCACAGAAGGGCUCUCUCACUCAAGCCAUUAGCAUGAACUACAGGAAUCUACAUAAACCACUGACUGCGGUUUCUACUCCGCAUAAAGCUAAACCAGAGCAAAGUCUUUUGAAGAAUGGUGCAUGCUCCCAGAGCAUGGUAUGUGCCAUGCUGAUUGAAGAAAACCUGAGUGAUACCUACCGACCUGUGAUCUUAACCCCAGAGCGUCCACAGGUGGACGGGUCUGAGCACACCUGUGCUGCAGGUACAGCUUCCUGUGACAGUGUGUCUGAGUGUGAGUUUGUGUCUCAACACUGCGACUGUGAUUCCGCUCCACUUUCUGAUACGCCAACACAUAACAUAUCACAAACAAACUGUAAACCAGUCAAUACAUCACAGCUGGACAACAAUCAAGUCAGCACAUUAAACACGGACAGUAAACUAGUCAACACAUCAGACAGUGAGCCAGUCAAGACACCACAAUCAGAAGUUAAACCAGUAAACACAUCUCGGCUAGACAACGAGCUAGUCAGCACAUCUCAACCUGACAGCAAACCAGUCAGCACAGCAAAACUAGUCAGUGUGCCAGUCAGGACAUCACAGUCAGACUUUAAUCCUGAAAGCACAUCUCAAAUAGACAACAAUCUAGUGAGCACAUUACAGCCAGACAAUGAGCCAGUCAAGAUGUCGCAUCCAGACGUUGAACCAGUAAGCAUAGGUCACCUAGAGAAUAGUCUAGUCAGCACAUCACAACCAGACAGCCAACCAGUCAGCAUGUCACAACUAGUUAAUGAGCUAGUCACAACAUCACAUCCAGACAGUGAACCAGUAAGCAUAUCUCAACCAGACCUUAAACCACUAAGCAUAUCUCAACAAGACAGCAAACCGGUCAGCACAUCACUACUAGUCAGUGAGCCAGUCAAGAUGUCACAACCAGACCAUAAACUAGUAAGCAUAUAUCAGCUUGACCGCAAACUAGUUAGCACAUUUGAACUAGACAACAAACAAGAAGGCUUAUCUCAACUAGUCAGCACAUCACAACAACAGAGCAAACCAAUCAACAUAUCACAACUAGACAGUGAGCCAAUCAAGACAUUCCAAACAGACAUCAAAACACUUGAAUGUGAACUUGUUAGUAUAUCUUUACCAGAUAGCAAACUACUCAAUACAUCGCAUUUGUACAACAUGCUACUAAGUACAUCACAAACAGACAACACAACAGUUCGCUUGGAGCAAUCAGACAGCAAAGUAACUAUAUCACAACCAGAGAAUGAAACAUUAUCUGGUGCUUUAGAGAGUGAAAACUCAGAACAAGUUUCUCUGGCUAUUAUUGAACUUGUUGUGUUUGAUCCUGCUCCGGAAGCAGAAGUCAGAUCUGAAUCUGAGCAGGCCAGAGGUGAUCAUGGCCUGAAAGGCAGUUGUGAUAUGCAGAAUAGCAAAGUGUUGGUUUCUGAACCCCUGACUGUCAGUGUGUCUUUACAAAAACAGACUGAGCAAACAGAGCACAGCUUAUGUCAGAUACACAGACACAUCCAAACACCAUCUGAGCAAGUACAUGAUAUCUCAGCCUCAAAAGAAGAACAUCAAGCAUUUAGUAACACUAGCCAUGACAUUAAUGAAUCUGAUGGUGAUUAUAGUUUCAGUGCAGAGGAAGAAAGUGGGGCUGUUUUGACUGUUCCACAAAGCAAACCAGUAGCAUUGGCCUCUGCCACCAUAGCGCCUGAGGAGGAUCUGGUCACGCUCAUUUCACAGGGUCAGGUGAGGUCUGAAUCCUGCCAGGACAGAAACAACAAGACUGAGGUGGAACUCCAGACAAAAGCACGAGAAGUAGAGGAAAAGUCACCUUGUAAGGAGGGAGAAACGGUAGAAAAAAACAUUGGAAUGACAGAAAACAAAACAGAGAAAGAUAUAGUAGCAGUUUGUAGUGCAGAAGAAGUUGAGACUGCUCAAACAGGUCUGGUAGAUUCCACACACAAGUCUGACUCCAACGUUCAAGUUCAAGAGGAGGGCAGCCUCUCUGAAGGAACAGAUGAGAAGAAACAAACCAAUGUUAAAGAGAAAGGGGUGGAGGAAGAGGAGACAGAGGGCAUUACUGUGAGUGAGCAAAGGGCUAUAGUGACCAGCUAUUCUGAAAAUAGAGUCCGGUCAGCAUGCAAUCAAGUCCUCGAUGCAGUCGCAGAUGUGCAGAACACAAAUGGACACAUGCACACUGAAGACACACCUACCACUGAACGAGAAGGGCAAAAUACAAAGGAGGAGGAGGAGAAAAAGGGGGAAAAGGAGGAGAGGCAAGAGGAUGAGGUUACUUCUACUGUGAAUGGUGCUCCAGCAGGGCAUCAGCAACUAGCAGACAUGGAGACCCAUUACCAUCAGCAGGAAGAACAAGCAUCCAGUCAGGAAGUAGCCCGAAUUGUUUCCCAUCUGUCUGCUAAAAGCCAAAGUGAAGACCCCUCAGCAGUUCCUCCACCACUGCCGCGCAUCUCCCAGAAGACCCAGCCUGUCCAGAGUGAGGCUCAUGACAUCAAUCGUGAUGUCCUGAGCUCAGGAGUGCUCUGUCUGCCUGGAACACGAGAUAAAUCAGGCCACGCGCUUGUGACAGUGACAACGAGAAACACAAUCUGGUUGAAUCCAAACUGCAAUAGUGGAGAGCUGGUGCGGAUCAUGGUCUACUUCUUCGGUACACUCAGGAAGGAAGUCAGUGCUUUGGGACUGACUGUCCUGGUGGAUGCUCGCAGGUGUUCUCCUGUCCCCGCUCUCUUUAAAGCCUUCAACAUCCUCCAGGCAGCCAUGCCGGGAUGCAUCCAUACAGUACUGCUGCUGGCCGACAGAGAUCUGACUGUACGUGUGGAGAAAACCACUUCUGUUCCGGUGGAGUUGUUGACAUCGCUUAAAUCUCUCUGUAAGCACGUGGACAUCUCUCAGCUCCCCACUGAGUUUGAAGGCACUUUCCCUUACUCUCACAGCAGCUGGAUGGGUUUCAGAAUGAGGUUGGAACAGCUGACCAGUCAUUGUGAGGAUGCUGUGAACCUGCUUCAGAACACCAUCAGCAAACUGGAGUCCACAGUGCUGCCCCCUACAGCAGAGGAGGCACAGAUCUUAUUGUGUAAGUACCGAGAGUUGAUGAGGACUGUUCUGGAGGACAGCAGGUUGGUGCGGCUACAGCUGGAGGGAGGAGCCGCUCUGUCCUGUUUGCGAAAAGAAGAAACCAGUGUCAGUCUGACAGAGGACUACAGAGAUGCUAUUGAGAAUGCAGGCCGUCUGUAUAACCAAGUGGACGAGUCGGUUCACAGACUGGUGAUGCUGUCCAACAAAUGCACACAGGAACUGGAAUUCAUAAUGGAGUUUAAGACUCUGGAGGAGGGAUUCAGAGAGGUGAGUCAGUGGAUAGAAGAGGUGGGCGAGACUCGUCUGCAGACUCUGAGUGAGCUGGAAGAUUCCUUGGAGCAGUUACAUCAUAAACAGACUGUCUUCAGAGAAUUUUACACAGCUGCAUAUGAGCACUGUAAGAGCGGUGAAGCUCUCCUCAAGCGCUUAGAGAAGUGGGAAGACAUCUCUUCGGCAGAGCUGCAGGUGUAUGAGGUGAAAGUUCGCUCUUUCUGGGUCCAUCUACAUGAUUUCUCCCAGCGAGUGGAGGAUACCAAGGAGAAAAUUGACAAGACUGUUCGACUCUACGAGUUCUUUGACAAGGCAUAUGAAUGGGCGCUAGAGGGCAUGCGUCAUUUGGCGUGUGUUAGUAUGGAGGAGUGUGGCAUGUCUGAGAAGUGUCCGAGUGUGAUUGGGUGUUUGGAGACCUACCGCAGUCAGCACCCCCCGAUCCCAGACGCACACUUCCAGGAGAUGAAGGACCUCGCUGGGGAGCUGAAGAGCGAACAGGGACUCAGGCAGUGGAAGUUUGCUUGGUCCAAGUGUCAGGAGACCAAGCAGAUGUUUGAGAAGAAGCUGGAGAUGGCCCUGCGCACCCGUCGUGAGAGUGACUCCAAAUCAGCGAGGGGUGACUCCUCUCGCCGCAACUCGGACUGUAGCCCUAAACCUCAGGAGCGUAGCAGUAGCAUCUCCUUCUCAUGUCGGAAAGCGUUCGGCAGAGGCUGGGGCCGGGACAGACUUUCCUCACAGUCCAGCACAUCCUCAACUCCUAGCAGUCCUUCAGGCAUUCGCAUGGACAACCGUGACUCUGUUCGAACCCCAACAGGAAGUCCAUAUAGAACUGAGCACAGAAUCCCCCACAGCACCCCUGUCAGGUCCCACAGGCUAACACGUAGCAUCUCCACAGACGAGUCUCCGCAGCAGCCACAUCUGGAGGGGCAGGGGUGUGCUACAAGCCCAAGCCUCACCUCCAUCGAACCAAACCGCAGGGUUUUGCGGAAGACCCAGAGCUUUGAUACGGCCAGUAGCGAGUCUGUGUCACGGUACGGGUCCUGUCAGAGAACUCUGAGUGAGCCUGCACGGAGAGGAAACACAGGGGUGUUCAUCAAGGGUCUGGAGGUGAGCAGCACUGAAGUGAUCAAUCGGCCGUACAGCCCACGACUGCCGCCCAUGCAUGGAUGGACUUCUGUUGACACGCACUACAGCGGGAGUCCUGCACCAGAAACACGUAACAAGGGCAGUAAACUAUGCCACAUCGUAGAUGAAAUGGUAACGACGGAGCGGGAAUAUGUGCGUUCUCUGCGCUACAUCAUUGACAACUAUUUCCCUGAGAUGGAGCGUGCUGACCUGCCACAGGACCUGCGGGGAAAGCGCAGCGUCAUCUUCGGAAACCUGGAGAAACUGGUGGACUUCCACAGCCAGUAUUUCCUGAAAGAGCUUGAGAGCUGCUGCAAUCAUCCUCUACGCGUCAGCCACUGCUUCCUACGACAUCAAGACCAGUUCAGCUUGUAUGCUUUGUACAGCAAGAACAAGCCAAAGUCAGACACACUUCUGGCCAGCCAUGGGAACAGCUUCUUCAGGCAUAAGCAGCUGGAUUUGGGGGAUAAGAUGGACCUGGCGUCCUACCUGCUGAAGCCCAUCCAGCGCAUGAGUAAGUAUGCCCUGCUGCUGAAAGACCUGAUCAAAGAUGUGAGUGAAGUCCAGGAGCAGGAGCUAACGUACCUGCGUGCCGCCGCCGAGAUGGUCAAAUUCCAGCUUCGCCACGGAAAUGAUCUGCUCGCCAUGGACGCGAUCAGAGAUUGUGAUGUCAACUUGAAAGAGCAGGGGCAGUUGGUUCGGCAAGACGAGUUCACUAUUUGGUAUGGCAGGAAGAAGUGCCAAAGACAUGUGUUCCUGUUUGAGGAUCUAGUGCUGUUCAGCAAACCCAAACGCAUUGAGGGGGGACUCGAUGUUUACAUCUACAAACACUCUUUUAAGACGGCUGAUGUGGGUAUGACAGAGACGUCAGGUGAGAACGCUCUCAGGUUCGAGGUCUGGUUCAGGAGGAGAUCUUCAAGGAACCAGACCUAUAUCCUCCAAGCCGGCUCCGCCGAGAUCAAACACGCCUGGACCUGCGACAUUGCACGGAUGCUGUGGCAGCAGGCCACACGGAAUAAAGAAAUCCGAAUGCAGGAGAUGGUCUCUAUGGGGGUGGGCAAUAAACCCUUCCUGGACAUUAAACCCAGCGAUGCUGCUAUCAACAACAGAGCCAUUGACUACAUUAUGAAAGGCAGAGGGGCCAGGACGAGAGCCUCCAUUGCUGUCUCGCUUUUUGACCACUCAAACCCAUUCAAACGAGCUGCAGUAAAUGCUCCCGUUAGCGGCCCCCCGGUGUCCGGUGGCCCCUCCUCUUCCACGUUGCUGGGGCCCUUGAAUCUGCACAUGUACAGCAGCCAAAACCUGUUAUCAGGGGAGAGACCUCUCAUCAGUCCCUGCAUCGAGGAAGACGAGCUGGAACAUGAGACCAGCAGUCAGCCGUCUAUGACUACAGAGAGUUCGGGUUCCUCGUCUCACUGUCUGUCAGGUAGUGGCUCGAGUGGGUCAGACAGCGGAUGUGUGUCCAGUCACCUUCCCGAGGCUUUGUCCGAGGAGCCCAGCUCACCGUGUGACUCCUCCUGUUACUCCUCCAUCACCUCUCCCACCCCGGACAAACCCUGCUUUAACAGCCAGUACAUCUCAGCGGGGGAAGCUCAGGUGAUCGGUCCCUCUACUAUAGUGUGAGCUGCUGCAGUUUAAGUCCUGUCUGCUUCAGAUGGAGAAGACCACAUUGCCACACCGAAGAGGAGUCCAGAGCUAGUAUUUAUUGUUCCCAUCGAGUGCCAGCAAAUCUCAUGCAGUUUAAAAAGCGCUCAAAAUAGCACUGUUUCUUCAGUUCUUUUUUUAAAUCACUUUUAGCAUCAGUAGCUUUUAUAUAAAUUUAAAAAUGAGCUAUAAAACUGAAUCAAUAUUCUUGUAUUUUUCUUCUUUUCAAAUGUUAAGAUACAUUAGUGUUCUCCGCUGUAUUGAUAACUGUAAAUACUGUAGUAGUAGUAGUGUACAAUGCACUUCUGAACUGUUGCGGUUAUUCACUUCCCACUCUUUUUUGUUGUUGUUGUUGUUGUUGUUGCCCACUUUGCUGCAGACUUCAGCUGGUUUGAUUUAGAAAAAUGCAUUCAUGUUAAAAGGCAUGUCUAGAUUUCUAAGCAUCAGUACACUAAAGACAUUAAGCUGUGUUUAAAGCAUUUGUUCUCUCUAGUGUUUGAUUGUUUGUGGACCUGUAGUCAGUCGGAUCAGUAUGCUCUUUGAUAGCUGUACUGAUCCAGAAUCAGAGAGCAUUACUUCAAAUAAUUCGACUGGCCUCAGGUCGGCUCUACCCAGUACUUCUGCUCAUGGGAGCUGGAUAUCAUUGCUGACUGUUUGGAGAUGGUGAUAGUUUUCAUUUCAGUUCUCUUAAUUACAUUAUAUUAGGUAUAACAAAAUACAACAUGUAAAUUGUAAAUAGUUGCACCAGUGGUGCUUUGAGGACAUAGCCUUUGGGAAGUAAUGUUUAUACAUGUAUUAACCCAUCAACAUGAGAAUCACUCCAGUUCUUUGUUGCCAACCCAAAUUGGAAGUGUACUAACAAAAGAUAAUAAUAAUAAUAAUGAUAAUAAUAAAAACCAUUGCAAGAUCCAA